ACACACCUUCCUUGAGUGGGUUCUCUCUUUCGGAAAAGGCUUCUGUGGGCAACUUGCAGAUAGUAUCUAGGACCACUCAGCAGCCCAGCCUUCGAAGACUCAAGGGGUCCUGGAGCUCCUGAGAGACCAGAGUGACUGAGGAUGGUACUGGUGGCCUUGCUUGGACUCAGCUGGUUCUGUUCACCCCUGGGGGCUCUGGUUCUGGAUUUUAACAACAUCAAGAGCUCCACGGAUGUGCAAGGCGCUGGGAAGGGCUCACAGUGUGCAUCAGACAGGGACUGCAGCGGAGGGAAAUUCUGCUUCGCGCUUCAUGACGAACGGUCAUUCUGUGCCACGUGCCUCAGAGUUCGCAGGCGGUGCCAGAGGAGUGCCAUGUGUUGCCCAGGGACAGUCUGUGUGAAUGAUGUUUGCACUGCAGUGGAAGACACAAGGCCAGUGGUGGACAGAAACACUGAUGGCCAAGACGGUACCUAUGCAGAAGGAACCACCAAAUGGCCAGCUGAAGGAAACAGACCUCAGGGGAAGCCCAGUGCGAAGAAAUCACAAAGCAAUAAGGGACAGGAGGGAGAAAGCUGUCUUAGAACCUCCGACUGUGGCCCUGGACUUUGCUGUGCUCGCCAUUUUUGGACAAAAAUUUGCAAGCCAGUUCUACAAGAGGGACAAGUCUGCUCCAGGAGGGGGCACAAAGACACUGCUCAGGCAGAAAUCUUCCAGCGCUGCGACUGUGGGCCCGGACUAUUGUGUCGAAGUCAGGCGACCGGUAACCGACAACACUCAAGGCUAAGAGUUUGCCAAAGAAUCUAAGUUGUAAAAACAUGGACUCGUCUUUGUGUUCACACAGAAUCCCUGGAACUAAUUUUAUUGUAUUUUUAUUUUAUUUUCUGAGACAGGGGUCUCACUGUGUAGCCCUGGCUGGCCUUGCACUCAGAGAUCCACCUGCCUCUACCUCUUGGAUGCUUUUUUUGGAAGGGGGAAGGGUUCUGAGACAGGGUCUCAAAGUAAGCUAUAUAGCCCAGGCUGGCCUCAAACUCAUGACCCUUUUACCUCAGGCGAGCAUAUUCCACCCAGCACAUAAAUAAAGCUAAAUCUUCUAGCAACUGAAGCAGACAGUGAGCAGAUACUGAGAUGUCACACUGGGAUGAUUAUUACUUUUGGCUUUGUGUCUACUGUCUACAAUACUGACAGGACUCUACAAUAAAACAAUCCAGACGCCGUGACUCAAUUUGUUCAAAUAAAUCUUUAAAAA